AUGUUUCAGUCAAACACCACUAAGCCUUCCUUCUCUGGAAUCGAAGAGGACCCUGUUAUGCCAAUUGCUAUCAUUGGUUUCUCUGGCCGUUUUCCCGGCGAAGCCGAGAACCCUACGAAACUGUGGGAUAUGAUCGCAGCGGGCAAAAGUGCCCUCUCCGACAUUCCCAAAGACCGAUUCAAUGUGGAUGCUUACUAUCACCCUCACCAUGAGCGGCAUGGAAUUCUAAAUGUCCGAAAAGCACAUUUUAUGAAGAGGGAUAUCUCUGCCUUUGAUGCUCCCUUCUUUACCAUGUCCAUCCCAGAGGCAGAAGCUAUGGACCCCCAGCAACGAAUGGCGCUUGAAUGUACCUAUGAAGCUCUCGAGAACGCUGGACUUCGAAUGGAGGAUGUCAGCGGAUCGAGCACAUCGUGUUUCGUGGGAUGCUUCACCAGAGAUUACAGUGAGAUGCUAGGUUCCGAUCCAGAGGAUCUUCCUCUCUACCAUGGAACCGGAACUGGUUCGGCCAUCAUGUCAAACAGAAUCUCGUGGUUUUUUGACUUUAAAGGACCCAGUAUUAGUCUGGACACCGCUUGCUCAUCAUCCAUGGCGGCUCUGCACUUGGGAUGCCAGAGCUUGCGUACCGGAGAGACCACCAUGUCCAUUGUUGGUGGUACAAAUCUGAUUCUCAUGCCUGGCAUCAUGGGUUCGAUGACCCGACUGCACUUCCUCAGCCCAGACGGAAAAUGUCAGUCUUUCGACCAUAAGGGCAAUGGAUACUCUCGUGGAGAAGGUGCUGGUUUCUGCGUGCUGAAGCCACUAGAUCUGGCUUUGAAAGACGGCGAUGUUAUCCGUGGUGUCAUCCGUAACAGCGCUGUCAGCCAGGACGGACAUACUCCUGGAAUUACCCUUCCUUCCGGAGAAGCACAGGAAGCGCUCAUUCGGCGUGUCUACGCAGAGGCUGGUUUGAGCCUCGCCGAUACACAAUAUGUUGAGGCCCACGGCACUGGAACACCUGCUGGAGACCCUGUUGAAGCGGGAGCUCUAGGAAGAACUUUUGGUAGCGCCCGGGGUACAGGAAACCCGCUGAUUAUGGGCUCUAUCAAAUCUAACAUUGGCCACCUCGAGGGCGGCUCAGGCAUGGUACAGGUUAUCAAGGGUAUCAUGAUGAUUGAGAAGGGAGAAAUUCCACCGUCGAUCUGGUACGAGAAGCCAAACCCACGAAUUCCAAUGGAUGAAUGGAACCUGCAAGUCCCGACUCAGCUAUCGCCUUGGCCGAACGCGGGUCUCCGUCGUGUUUCCAUCAACUCCUUUGGGUAUGGAGGCACCAACGCUCAUUGCAUUAUCGACGACGCAUAUCAUUAUUUCCAGGCCCACCGUAUCACCGGAAAGCACAAUGUCCAGGCCAUUGAAAGCCCCUCCCCAUUCGGAACCCCCGAUUCUGGAGUUGACCUCUCCAGCAACCGCUCAGAUGCCAUGUCAUGGACCUCCGUCAGCGACUAUUUCUCGAAUCCCUUCGCGUCCGAAGUGCCAUCGUGCCCCAAGCUGCUCUUGUGGAGCUCCAACGACCAAAGUGGCAUCGAGCGAAAUGCGAGGGCUUUCGCCCAGUAUCUCACGGACAAGGUCUCUGGCGACUUGACCGAGAAGGAAGAAAAGAAGCUGUUUGCCAAACUUGCAAUCACCCUGGCAAGCCGGCGAAGUGUUCUUCCGUGGAAAUCCUUUGUGGUUGCAAGCUCGUGCAAGGAGGCAAUCGCACAGCUCGAAUCGCUCCCUGCCCAGCCUGUGCGGACUUCAAGCGGGCGGGCGUGCCCCAAGCUUGCAUUUGUCUUCACCGGACAAGGAGCCCAGUGGUUUGCUAUGGGACGCGAGCUGUACGCCCAGCCUGUCUUCAGAGCCAGCCUGGAAGCCGCGGGUAGAUACCUUGUCACCCUAGGCGCUUCUUGGUCCCUGCUCAAUGAGCUGUUCCGUGACGAGGAAACCUCCAAACUAGACUCCCCGGACCUUUGCCAGCCGCUGUGUACAGCCCUUCAAAUCGCGUUGGUUGACCUAUUCAAAUCAUGGGGUGUCAAGCCAACUGCUGUCAUCGGCCAUUCCAGCGGUGAGAUUGCCGCUGCGUAUGCGAAGGAGGCUAUUUGUCGCGAGGAUGCCUGGAAGAUCGCAUACUACCGAGGCCACCUUUCCAGUUGUAUUCGUGGAUUUGCGCCAAGCUUGUAUGGUUCAAUGCUGGCGACUGGACUUGGAGCGGAAGACUCGCAGAAGUACAUCAGCCGUCUCCCUCGGGGCAACGCGACAGUUGCGUGCAUGAACAGUCCGGCAAGCACCACCAUUUCUGGGGACUUAGUUGCAAUCGAUGAACUUGAGCGGAUGAUCAAGCAAGAUGGUCACUUUGCUCGAAAGCUCAGAGUCGACAUCGCCUACCAUUCGCCUCAUAUGCAGGUCAUCGCGGAAACAUAUCGCCAGGCCCUGGGAGACAUCAUCCCCUUUGAUGCAACCGAAACCCAAGUCCAAAUGUUCUCUUCCCUGACUGGCGAGAGAAUCAAUGCCAAUAAUGAGCUUGGCACAGACUACUGGGUCUCCAAUCUGGUUUGUCCGGUGAGCUUCUCCAGUGCGAUGAAGGGUCUUCUGCAGUAUUCCGAGAAGAAAUCGAGACGUCGCAACAACAAAGCUUUUGUGGAGCAUUUGAUCGAGUUCGGUCCUCAUUCAGCGCUCAAGGGGCCUAUCAAGCAGAUUCUUACUUCCGACUCGGUUAGUUCACUUGGCGAGGUGUCGUAUCAAUCUGUUCUUGAACGUGGGAAGAACGCCUGCGAAACAGCAAUGGCAGUCGCAGGUCGUUUAUUCCAAAACGGAUAUCCCAUCAGCGGUGACUCCCUGUUUGAUGAUUUGGAUUCGUCGGUUAAGGGCGGUUAUCUCGUCGAUAUGCCACCAUUUGAAUGGAACCACAGCCUGAAGUACUGGGCGGACCACCACACUGCACGUCACCAUCGGUUCCGCAAGAACCCCAGAACUGACCUAUUGGGUGCUGAGACGGUGGAUGGCAUCGAUUCUGAGCCGCGAUUUCGCAAUAUCUUGCGAAACAACGACAUUCCCUGGGCCCAACUUCACAAGGUCCAAGGAGCUGCCUUAUAUCCAGGGGCUGGUAUGAUAAUCAUGGCAAUCGAGGCCAUGUGCCAGAGAGCGGAUUCCUCAUGUCCUAUUGCUGGAUAUGAGCUGCGAGAUAUCAUUAUCAGCAAGGCAAUUGUUGUACCCGCCGACGACUCUGGUAUUGAAACAAUGCUCAAUGUAAGGCCAUACCGGCAAGGAACUCAGUCACUAGACGCUGCUUGGCAGGAAUUCCAGCUGUACUCCCGCAAGGAUACGUGGGAGCUAAACUGCUCUGGUCUAAUUCGCAUCGACUACAAGACCUCUCCUAACACAGUGUUUGUCGACGAGAAUGUCCUGGCUGCAAAGCGUUAUGCAAGCCAAUACCAAGCUGUGCAAAAUUCCUGCUCCCGCCUCCAGCGCCCCCGAGACUUUUACGAACAGCUGAACUCAAUCGGUCUUUACUACGGUGGCGUGUUCCAGGCUUUGACAGAGAUUCGCAAGGGCGACUAUUGUAGCACCUGUCAGGUCAAGGUUUCGGACACGAAGAGCAUUAUGCCACACCAGUUCGAGUUUCCCCACGUGAUUCACCCAGUUACUCUGGACAGCAUUUUCCAGAUGGCCGUGCCUUCUUCAUUGAAGGCUGACGAGGACUUGAACGCUCCCAGGGUUCCUGUGGGGAUCGGACGUCUCUAUGUCUCUGCGGACGUGCCCAAGUCCCCUGGCGACAUCUUGAACGGCUAUGCCACUUACGAGCAGACUGGGUUUGAUCAGGGUGAGUCAAAUAUUGUGGUCUCCGGCGAACAAUGGGACAAGCCUCUUGUUGUUUUAGAAGGCAUGCGAGGAAGAAGGCUCAACACUAAAGCUAGCAACGACACCGACCUUCGCAAGAUUGGCAGCCACUUCCACUGGCAGGAAGAUCUCUCCCUCAUGAAACCCGAGCAGCUUCGCAAGCUUUGUGUCAGUGCUACUGGCCAUAUUAAAAACGAAGAUCGCCAAGUUCUCUUCGACAUUGAGAUGGCCUGUAUAAUCAUCAUCAAGCGGGUGAUGCAAGAAUGCUCAGUUGAGGAAUCCAAAUCGUAUGCCUGGAACUUCAAAUUGUUCUAUGACUACAUGAGAUACUACUUACGACUUGCCAAAGAAGGAAGCCUGGGCUAUCAGUUGGAGACCCCAGAGAUUGACUGGCUGAAUAUGACUCUGGAGGCGGAAGAGUCCCUACUAAAGCGCGUAUCGAAAACAUCCACCGAUGGUCGAGUUCUUAUUGAACAUGGCAAAUAUCUUCCUCAGAUUUUGCGAGGCCAAAUUCCUCCCCUUCAGAUCUUGAUGUCCGAUAAUUUCCUACACGACUUCUAUCAGUCCGGCAUCGGCACCAAGCAGCACUAUGCUCAAAUGACCUGGUACGUCGACCAGCUGGCGCACAAGAAUCCCGACAUGAAGAUUCUUGAAAUCGGCGGUGGUACUGCUGCUGCUGCCUUGCCCGUGCUGCAGACUCUGGGUGGCUCUGGGGGUACAGAUCCCCGAUUCGAAAGCUACACAUUCACUGACAUCAGUGCUGGGUAUUUCGAGAAGGCCCAGAGAAAGCUGGCCCCAUGGGUUCCCUAUAUGAACUUUGCCAAGCUCAACAUCGAGGAAGACCCUGUUGCUCAGGGAUUUGAGGAAGGUGUAUAUGAUAUGAUUGUGGCAUCCAAUGUUCUGCACGCAACCCGGUCGAUUGGGAAGACCCUUCAGAACGCAAGGAAGCUGUUGAAGCCGUAA